AUGACUUUGACUUCAACGCUGCCACCAGAGCUUCUUCAAGAACGCCUCGGACUUCUCGAUGGCGACCAAGAUUUCUGGCCCGGCCUGUACGGCAUGAGUACCACAGGCUACAACCGAACACCUUACAUCCACGGCGAAGUCAAACGUCUCGGAAUCCCUGGUGUUCGCUUCGCAGAUGGCCCUAGAGGCUGCGUGAUGGGCAACUCGACGGCUUUCCCUGUUCCCAUGGCUCGUGGUGCUAGCUGGGAUGUCUCCCUUGAGGAACGAAUCGGCAGAGCCAUCGGUCGCGAGUGCAGGGCUCAAGAUGCAAACUUCUUUGGAGGCGUUUGCGUUAAUCUCCCUCGACACCCAGCUUGGGGUCGCAUUCAAGAGACUUAUGGCGAAGACCCUGUCAUUCUUGGCGAGAUGGGCGCUGCGCUCACGAGGGGCAUUCAAGAGAACGUCAUGGCUUGUGUAAAGCACUACGCCCUCAACUCGAUGGAGAAUGCACGCUUCCACGUUGAUGUCAAGAUAGACGAAGCUGUUCUGCACGAGGUCUACCUCGCUCACUUCCGUCGCAUCGUGGAAGAGGGUGUCGCGAGCGUCAUGUCGUCGUACAACUCUGUUCGCGGCGAGUUCGCAGGCCAGAACAAGGAACUUCUCCUCGACAUCCUUCGAGAUCAAUGGGGCUUCAAGGGAUUUGUCAUUUCCGACUUUAUGUUUGGACUGAGGGAUCCCGCACUCUCCCUGAGGAACGGACUCGACAUUGAAGCGCCGUUUCGCCAGCAACGGGCGUGGAAGCUUGAGGCGGCGUACAAGAAUGGAGAGAUUGAAGACUCUCAUAUCGAAAGAGCUGGAACCAAUAUUCUUCGACGUGUCAUCGAGGACCAGGUCGUUCGUGGAAAUGCGAACCUUCAUCCUGAUAUUGUGUUCAGCGAAGAGCAUCGCCAACUGGCUCGAGAGGCUUCCGUCAAGUCCAUGGUGUUGCUCAAGAAUGAAGAGGUCGACGGCACCCCGGCACUCCCCCUCAAGUCAAACAUUUCCAAGAUAGCCGUUGUUGGACGCCUUGCGAACUCGACCGACACUGGAGACAAGGGAUCCUCAUCGGUGCGGUGCCCAGAAGUUGUUUCACCCUACCAAGGCUUGAAGAAGGCUCUUCCCCAGACAGAAGUGACUCUUGAAGAGUCCGAAGACCCUGACAAAGUCAAGGCUGUGGCAGGCGCUGCUGAUGUGACCGUUGUCGUCGUUGGCUACAACUUUGAGGAUGAAGGAGAAUUCAACGUGCCAGCAUUCGAGACCAACCCAGCUGUGAACUCUGUCCUUCCGCCAAGUGACGGAUCAGAGGAGUCAAAGUGGGUGUUUGAACAGUGGACGGUUCCGAAGGAGAAGAAGAAGGAGAACCAUUCAGUCGCGACUGGAGGUGAUCGAACCAGUCUGAGACUACGACCCCAGGAUGUCGAGGUCAUCAAAGCCGCCGUCGAAGCUAACCCACGGACGAUUGUCUCUAUCGUGGCUGCUGGGGCCGUCAUCACUGAAGAGUGGAAGAAUCUCCCUCCAACUAUUAUUCUCAGCUGGUAUUCAGGCUGUGAGGGUGGCCAUGCCCUGGCUGACCUACUGCUGGGCAAGACCAACUUUAGCGGCCGGCUUCCAUUCUCGAUCCCCACGACGGAGAAACAUCUGCCUUAUUUCGAUAAAGAUGCGGCCGAGAUUGAGUACGACCGAUGGUUUGGCCAGCGACUGCUUGAUCGACUUGAUGUGAAAGCGGCAUACCCUCUCGGCUUUGGGCUCUCGUACACGUCCUUCGCUGUGUCCGACUUGGAGGUCGAGAAGAACAAAGACAAUGCAGAAGAAAUAAUUGUUAGGGUUAACGUCUCCAACACUGGAAGUCUGGCUGGAAGAUACGUCGCUCAAGUGUAUGGAGUAGUUGAGGUGACCGACUGGCCCAAGAAGAGUCUGCUCGGAUUCCAAGCUGUUGAUCUCGAUGCCGGGGAGCAAAAGAAGGUGGAGGUACGCGCAUCUACUAGGCCCCUCCAAAGAUGGAAGCUUGGAUCUUGGGAGCUUGUCAGCAAGACUGUCGAGGUAGAGGUUGGAGGCUCGUCUAGCGAUGCCGAGGGUGUGAGGACUGGGGUUGAGCUAUGA